CCAUGAUAUUAUAUCUUUGACACAGAAGAGCUUCUUCUUCUCUUGUUUUAUUCCAUCAUGGACAUUCCAGUCUUGUUGAACUUCCUUCACAAAAACCCAGAUGCAAUUGUCCCUUAUCCAUGGCAACAAAUUUAUGAUGUUGAGACUGGGCUAGUUUACUACAAGAACUGUGAAAAUGGAUUUGUUAUUUAUGAUUUCAGACCGUUAGUAAAUAUUCGAAGAGGAAUUUUCUGGGAUAACUAUUCAUGGUCUGCAUCUAUAGAUUGUCCUGAUGUUCGUCAAAUGAGAGCAAGUGUUCAAAACUCUGAUGCUCUUUCAAAAGCUUAUCUUUUUCGCAUUACUUGUUGCACUGACAUUAUUAUUCAUUGUAUUGUGGAGCAGCCGGUGUUUCGAUGCUUUUUAUGUUUUUCUGUAGUUGGGCAGUUUUCAUAAUUUUAUCAGAAGUUUAAGAAAAUUCUGAAAAUUUAUUUUAAUAAUUUGUGAUCAUUUUUAAUGUUUAUCAAUUAUAUUGUUGUUUAUCGAGUGUUUAUUUUAA